GUGCUGGGUUCGGGUUAGGAAUCGUUUUCUCAGUCAUCUUCUUCAAAAGAAAGACAUGGCCGAUCGCGUUUGGGUCGGGGAUGGGGUUAGGAAUGGCUUAUUCCAAUUGUCAGCACGACUUCCAGUCUCCAUAUCUUCUCCAUGGUAAAUUUGUAAAAGAACAGUGACUAAUGAUUAAGACUAUCCCAGUGGGAAGGAAGGAGAAAUCAAUGAUUAUUCCUCAGGAAUACUGAAGUGCCCCUGGAAUAAGCCACGAUUCUUCAGUAACGACCACCAGUAACUCUUUAUACUCCAACAAACUGUUUCUGUACAUGAAACACAGUUCUGUUGCUUGUUUUGUAUCAUGUCUCGAAAGUGCAAGGAGGAGCUCUUCUGGGAAAUAAAUAAAAGAAAAAUGGCCU